CUUCAGGAACAACUGAGGGAGGCUAAUAAUUCUCUCAGCGAAUACAAGAAAAUGGUAGAAGAACUGAAAGGAAAAACCUUAGCCCCAGAUUCUCAGAUUUCAAAAAUUGAUGAGGAAUUGAAACAAAAGGCUGAGGAUACUCAAUUGGAGCUGGAGAAAUUGUUAUCUUAUGUAAAAUUACAAGAAGAUGAGGUUAAUACACAGAAGAAUUUAGUUCUUGAGGAACAACAGAAGUUUCAGAAACUUGAAGAGGAAUUUAAAGAAGAAACAAAAAAACUAAAAGAAAAGAUCCAACACCUAGAAAACAAUUCUUGCAAGCUGCAGCAACUGCUCUGCCUAAAAGAAGAGGAGAGUCAGCAGAAUGUAGAAAUCACGAAGGAUGCAGAACAGCUGGAAAGUAUCUCUGAGUCCCAAAUCGAAGCCCUGCAGAGGGAGAAAGCCGAGCUGGUUCAGAAAGUUCAGAGCACUGAAGAAAACAUCAAAUAUAUCAGCCAAGAAAAAGAGCAUCUGAGAACAGAAAUGGAGGUUCUUCAAACCGAGAAGGAUAACAUGAUUCAAACUGUCCACCGUCUGACUGUGACUAUAGAGAGGCUUGUUCCAGUGAAUUUGGAACUGCAGCAAGAACUGAAGGAGGCUAAUAAUUCUCUCAGAGAACAUAAGGAAAUGGUAGAAGAACUAAAAGAAAAAAUUGUAUCUACAGAUUUUCAGACUUUGAAAAUUCAUGAGGAGCUGAAGAAAAAAAGUGAGGAUAGUCAACUUGAACUGGAAAAAUUGAUGUAUGUAAAAUCACAAGAAAAUGAGGUAAAUAUUCAGAAUUUGCUUCUUGAGAAACAGCAGAUGUUUCAGAAAUUUGAACAAGAGAUUAAAGAAGAAACAAAGCACUUGAAAGAAAAAGCCUUGCUUCAAAAAGAGAGCGAUGACCUUCAGCAGGUUGUGCAGAACAUCAGAGAGGAAACUCAAAGCCAACUUCAGGAGACCUUAUCUGAAAACACCGCAAAGGAUUCUGAAAUGAAUGUCAAACGAAAGACACAAGACUGCUUUGAAAUCUUGGAGACAAAAAUAUUCCGAAUAAUGGAGUCUCUGAAGAAAUUUCCAGAGCUGGAAAAAAGAUCUGAAUAUUUCAUAAAAAUCUCUCUUCAGAUCAAGAAUCAGUUUAAUAGCAAGAAAGCUGUAAUAGCCAAGUGGCUUCCUGACAUUUCUCCUCAGGAAGCCAAUAACAUAAAAAGGCUUCAAACAGAAGAUGAGCGUAUAAGUAACAUCCUCUACAACUUGUUGAACAAACUUCAGUACUUGUUUAGCUGCGUGUGCAACAAAAGAAAGGAAUACUACACAAAUGUCAGCCAGUACACAAGGGAGCUGCUUGAUGAGCGAAAAAAUCAACAUGCACAGAGAAUGCAAAUUCAGGAACUCGGAAAGCCUCACUUGAAACAGCAGGGACCUGGAUCGCAGCAGUCUGGUCUCUCUGAACUGAUGCAGAGCUUGGAUGGCCUCACUGAGCAAAUGUCUAAAGAAGUUUCUGAAAUGGAAGAAGAACUCGGUGGCACAGAGGUUAUGUUACAAGAGUUGGAACAUAAGAACAUUGAGGUGGAACAGUAUUUGGAACGGUGCUCAUAUGUUGAUUUGCAAGGCUUUGAGGCAACAAUAAAGCAAAAUAUUGAAAAGUUUCAGUCCAUUAUUCAAUUUCUACGGCCCAAAGCUCAGCCCUAUUUUCAAGCUAGAUCUGCUCUGGAAGCCAUAAAUGCCAACUACUGCAGAGAGAUUGAUGCUACUCUGAAAGCAUGUAGAGAAGAAACAAAGGAACUGAUUCUACAGUUAGAUAUGUUAGGAAAAGAUCAAAAAUCCUGUGGUGUUGCUAAUACGUCACGAGAAGAAGAAAACCAUAAGCUAAGAUAUAAACUGGAAGCAACAGAACAAGAUACAAAGAAUCUGCAGUUGAAAAUCCAAGAACUAGAAAGCAUAAUAAAUGAAGGAAGUAAAAAUCUCCAGGAAAAAGAGAAAACAAUAGCCAUACUAGAAAUGAAACUUAAUGUGAAAGCUUCCAAGAAUGAAGUCAUUAAGCUUCAAGCUGCAUUAGAGGAAAAAGAAAAUUGCUUAAGAGAUGCAUUAAGUGAGAGAGAAGCACUCAAGGCCCAGGUGGAUAAAGGUGUUGGAUUAUAUAAGGAGGAAAUUGAAGGCCUGAGAACUCAGCUUGUUAAAGCUGAAAUGGCAAGAAUGAAACAAUCCAAAUUGUUUGAUCGAGAAAUGGCAAAUGCAAAAGCUCUGGCAGAUCAUCGGGAAGAACAGUUAAGAAAGUUGAAGGAAGAACUUCGUAAAGCACGACAAGAACAGGAUGCAACCGUGAUGUUUAACGAAGACCCUCCUCAGCCAUUUAAACCAAUUACUUGUGGUGGUGGUAGUGGCAUUAUACAAAGUACCCAUGUGCUAGUGUUAAAAUCUAAGCAUGCCACGCUGCAAAAGGAAUACACUCAACUCAAGAAACAACACGACCUACUGUUGACAAAUGAGCAUCUCUUGAAAGAAGAAGUUAAGAAAUGGAAGGAGCGAGCUGUGAAGAGGAGGGAGCGAGCCUUGGGAGACACAGUUGAGGAGCAUAAAAUCAAAUCUCCAAGGAAAGCACCAGCUUCAUCACUUUUGGCAGUGCCAGCCUCUCCCUGCAAGCAGUGCUCCAUGCAGCCAAUUUUGCCUUUGGACACACCACAGCCGAUGCCAUCGAACAGCCAAUCAGUUUUUUUUGGUAACUCGUGCUUAGGGAUUACUGAAAACACAGAAUCUGGCAGAGGAGAAUCUGAAGAAAAUAACUUUAACAACUGGCUUUCAUCAGAUGUUUCCAAUUGCAAGACUCAGUGA